ACUACGAACCCGUACCGCCAUUAGAACCCUCCCUACUGCUACCUGCCGCGGCCGGAGAUCUCACCAGCCAAUUCAUCCAUCCAGCUCGUCGUCACUCACUCCGGGGUCCGGGCCACACCGCCCUCCUCUCGCCUGGCGGCGAUCCGUCAGCUCCCGCCAUGGCCUCGUGGCUCAAGGUUGCCGAAGACUUGCUUGAAGUUGUCGACCGGAGGGCGAAGAUUGUGGCUACCGAGUUGUCAGAUGAACAGUCUAGCCCUCAGCCUUCAGGGUCAAACAGCCAAGAAGGUCAAGCGAAGAAAGGAAAGCUGCGAGAGAAGGGCCCAUUGAAGCUCACAGCUGGGGAUGCUGGUAGCAGGACACCUGCUCAGAAGGAGAGGAAGAGUAAGCAACCACCACGGGAACGGAUUAAGAUUGAGAAGAUUAGGCCUUCGACACCUGUUGAUUCAUCAAGUGCUGAUGCUAGUGCCAGUAAACAUGAUGUUGCCUCAAGUGAUGUUAAGGGACUGGAUGAUGACACUGGAGCAGAGAAAGUAGAGAAGGCUGUCGUUGAUCUUAAGAAUGAUGCAGGUGCAGAUGCUAUUGAUACUGAGGUUGAAGUCCAAUCAACGGCGAAAACCACUGAUGAUGCAGUCCUUGCCGUGGAUGCUGCCGCAGAUUCAGGAAAUUCAGAGAGUGCUGCUGAAAGCUCUGUCCCUUCAGUUCCAGAUGAAAGCUGUGAGCCAAGCAGCAGUAACCAGGAUAUUGAGAUCGUUUCAGCUGUUAAUUUGGAGAAAACCUCAGCUAUGGAAGUUAUCCAGGAGAGAAAUUUCAAGGAAGUACCUGGUACACAAGUUUCUGGGAAUUCCCAAGAUUCCAAACGAGAGGGUUUGUCUGACUCACCAGAAAGUACAGAAAAUCAACAGGAACAUAAACUUGAUUCUGGUUCUGUAAAAGAUCAAGACCAGCUUGAGGAGGCUCAGGGUUUGUUAAAGAAUGUUGUCAAAACUGGUCAGUCGAAAGAAGCUAGGUUAGCUCGGGUCUGCGCUGGACUUUCAUCCCGCCUCCAGGAAUAUAAAUCUGAGAAUGCACAGCUAGAGGAACUUCUUGUUCAGGAGAGAGAGAAAUGUAGCUCGUAUGAAGCUCAUAUGAAGCAACUACAACAAGAACUGUCAAUGUCCAGAGUGGAAGGUUCGCGAGCUGAAUCUAACAUGGUGGAUGCUUUGACUGCAAAGAACGCUGAGAUUGAGUCUCUAGCUAAGUCACUGGACUCUUGGAAGAAAAAGGCAGCAGUUUCAGAAGAAAAGCUCGCAACUUUACAGGAAGAUAUGGAUGGUCUCAAGAGGAAUCGUGAACUUACUGAAACUAGGGUCAUCCAGGCUUUACGAGAGGAACUUGCGAUGGUAGAGCGCAGGGCUGAGGAGGAGCGUAUCGCACAUAAUGCUACAAAGAUGGCAGCUGUUGAGAGAGAAGUAGAAUUAGAGCAUCGAGCUGUUGAAGCAUCAAAUGCUCUUGCUAGAAUCCAGAGAGCUGCUGAUCAAAGUUCAUCUAGAGCAAUGGAAUUGGAACACAAGGUGGCUGUGCUUGAGGUUGAAUGUGCAUCAUUGCAACAAGAACUACAGGAGAUGGAAGCUCGUAAUCGCCGUGCUCAGAAAAAGCCUUCUGAAGAAGCUAAUCAAGUUAUCCAGAUGCAAGCAUGGCAGGAGGAGGUUGAGCGUGCACGCCAAAGCCAAAGAGAGGCAGAAACCAAGAUAUCAUCUUUGGAGGCUGAGUUACAGAAGAUGAGAGUUGAAAUGGCUGGGAUGAAACGAGAUGCAGAGCAUUAUUCCAGACAGGAGCACGUCGAACUAGAGAAGAGAUAUCGUGAGCUUACUGACUUGCUGUACCACAAGCAAACACAACUAGAAUCCAUGGCCAGUGAAAAAGCUGCACUUGAGUUUCAACUGGAGAAAUCAAUAAAACAGUUUCAUGAAGUGCAGAUGGAAGCAGAAAGGAGUAGAGUUGCUCGCAGAUCAGCAUCAUCAUGGGAAGAAGACGCUGAUAUCAAGGCACUAGAGCCUCUUCCUCUACAUCAUCGACACAUGGUAACAGCAAACCAGCAGUUACAAAAGGCUGCAAAGCUACUAGACUCAGGAGCUGUACGUGCGACUAGAUUUUUGUGGCGACACCCAGUUGCUCGAGUCAGCCUGCUAUUCUAUCUGGUGUUUGUGCACUUAUUCUUGAUGUACUUGUUGCACCGCCUGCAGGAUUUUGCAUCCAGAGAAGGACUGCCGUUAGCCAUGGGGGAGCUAGCCAAUUCAAAUUUGCCAUAAUCUUUGUGGUACUCCUAUUUCUUUCUGAUUCAAGCAUAGCUUCCUGGUGCCUGCUCUGUACGCACAAGGUCCCCCGCUGGUUUGAUGCAGUAUUAACCCCCCACAGUUUUUCCUUUCAUUGUUUCCUCCCCUUUUGUAGAGUAAUGCUCUUUCCUUCCAUGGGUUACCAUCCAUUCUUUUGCACUUCACGGGUUCAUUAUAUUGAUUACAGAAUGUACAAUCCUGUAUGGACAGCUUGACCAAAUAUACCAUGCAAUACAACCCACUUGAGCCGAUUCUUGCACUGCCAAAAUAAUAAGCAAACAUGUUGGGAUUCAUCAGUGCAUUGCACUGCACGACUGCCCAGCUGGUGUACAGUGAUUUAAGGGGCUGACCUGAUCAUAA